AUGGCAGUGACUUCUGCCAGUGACGAUAGACCGCUGCCAGUACUGGACUUCACUGCUUUGCACAGCUCAGAUCCACACGAGAAGGAUGCUUUGAUAAAUCAAAUACGUGAAGCUUGCAGGAAGAGUGGCUUCUUCCAACUCGUCGGUCACGGUGUGGAAGAGAGCAUGCAGGACGCUAUUAUCCAAGCCGCAAAAGAUUUUUUUGCGCUGAGUUUGGAGGAGAAACUUGAGCUCGAUAUGCGGAAAAUUACUCACCAUCGCGGCUACGAACCGAUGCAUACUCAAGUACAUGAGCAGAAGGCAGGUCCGGACAAUAAAGAGAGCCUAUACCUGGGGGACGACAUGGCGCUUGAUGACCCCCAAGCACUCGCGGAGCCGCAGAACUACGGUCCAAAUCUGUAUCCGAAGGCUUUGGGGCGGAAGUUUGAGGAUGUCUGCAUGUCUUAUCAUGCCACUAUGAUCAGGUACUGGCUUGGACAGGAGAUCAUGAGAGCAUUAGCUCUUGCUCUUGAGCUGGACAAGGGCUGGUUCGAUGAUUAUACCUCAAAAGCUACGGGUCGGCUGAGACUUGUCCAUUAUCCACAAACGCCGAAUGCGAGUGGUACAGAACGAGGCACUGGUGCCCACAGGGACUUCGGAACCAUUACAUUAUUGAUGAAAGACAGCAUCGGAGGCUUGCAGGUCAUGGACGAUGUCACCGGAAGAUGGGCCGAAGUUCCCCCUGUCAGAGGGGCUUACGUGGUCAAUAUAGGCAAUUUGAUGAUGCGGUGGACGAACCACACUUUCAAUUCUGCUCUACAUCGGGUGCUGAAUUACUCGGGAAAAGAUCGCUAUUCGAUACCAUUCUUCUUCGACGGUGACAGUUCCGUCCUCAUUGACUGUAUCCCCGGCUGUGAAGAGGGCGGGAAGCGGGAGCCACCAAUCUUUGCGAGAGACUUCUUACAGAUGCAGGUAUCCAAGUCAUACUCAAAGCGCGAAGCUGGAGGACGAAAUGGAAAUAGACCGGGAACCUGA